UAAUUAUAUAUAUUUAUUUUUAUCAAAUAAGUAAUAUAUAUUUGUCUCACACCGGUUCAGCGGUGCAGUUGUAAAGAAUAGACUACAUGGGUAACUUCGGCGAGGAAAGGAGCUCUCUCACCGAUUUGGCUGAAACUUUGCAAAAUUAUGUAUUUUGCUGCGUAAAACACGAAUGUGAAAGUAAAAAUCGUAGGAUAAAAAUGAUAACUUAGGAUCUACCUGUGUCACUCUCCUAAGUAUCCUUUAUUUGAUUUCAGCGAAAUCGGUGCCUCUUUCCUUCACAAUUACCCCGGCUAUUCCGAACUGUGACAAUAGGGUAUCCCCUAAGAGACGGGAAAGUAUUAAGCUUGUGCAUGUGAUCGUCUAGUGUUAUCUUCAAACGGUUCGUCAUAUAUACGUGCAAUCAAUCUUUCGUCAUCAUGAUUCGCGUGAAUAUAUUCUACGGACAUCGUGAUGACACGGUUAUUAGAAAGUGAUAAUACGCGGCAGAUGAGUCCAAGUGCAGAGAUUGUAGGCAAUUGCAGGCAAUUGUCCGUUAAAUUUAACUUUUUCAUCGUGAUAUUACAUAAUUAUGACAUAAUUGAUUAUGUAAUAUAUAAGUGAUUAUUACAUAAUUUUGAUCUUUUCCCUUAAUUGGAAGGAAAUAUGAGAUUUGUCCUUGCACGGGUUGUUAAGGGCAGAUUGAAUUUAAAUAGCGCAAUGAAUCUAUCAUCAGUGAGUUUACCACGGGUGUUAGUAACUAGCAACGAUGCGCCAGCUCCUGGCAUCGAUUUGCUUCGAACCAAAUGCGACGUUACAAUUGUACCAACUGCCGUAAGCGCUCGAGAACAAGUAUUACAAGCUCUACCAGGACACGAUGCUGUGUUUCUCGUCCACUAUUACAAUGUCAACAGCGAGUUUCUCGAUGUCGCCGGUCCAAAUUUGAAAGUUGUAUCGACAAUGUCAGCCGGAUAUGAUCACUUGGAUCUACCGGAGAUUAAGAGGAGAGGAAUCAAGGUGGGACACACGCCCGGAGUAUUAUCUGCCACAGUUGCCGAAGUGGCUGUGCUCUUAAUGUUAUCUGCGGCGAGACGCGCUCACGAAGGUCGCUUGAAAUUAGAACAAGGUCAGGUGGAAUACAGACCACAGUGGUUGCUGGGGCAAGAUCUGCAAGGAUCCACAGUCGGUAUCUUCGGUCUAGGAAAUAUCGGUCAAGCGAUCGUUAAGCGAUUGAUGGGAUUCGAGGUGGGACGUUUCAUCUAUACUGGACAUUCGCGCAAAAAAGCAGGUGAUGAGCUUGGAGCAACAUUCGUAUCUUUAGACGAGCUUCUAGAGCAGAGUGACUUCCUCGUCGUCGCGGCCCCAUUGAAUAACGAAACCAGAGGGCUCUUCAAUGACAAUGCUUUCAAUAAGAUGAAAAGUACAGCCGUCUUUGUGAACAUAGCUCGCGGCCAGAUCGUAAAGACAGAUUCGCUUGUGAGAGCUCUUCGUAAUAAGAAAAUAUUCGCUGCUGGAUUAGACGUUACCGAUCCAGAACCGUUGCCAUUGGAUCACGAACUUCUAAAACUACCUAAUGUCGAAAUCUUGCCGCAUUUAGGUAGUUCAACGCUCAAGACUCACAAUAAAAUGUCGAUAAUUGCCGCACAGAACAUCCUAAAUGGUCUUGAGGGCAAACACUUGGUCUAUUCUCUAUAGUUUUUUUUUGCAUUUAAUCUUGUAUGACUUAUGUAUUACUUUUACACAUAUAUAUUAUUAUAAUAAUGUAUAAUAAAUAGAAAAACGGUUACAAACGGUCGAAAUUUGUCGUGAUUUAAUCAGGAUUGGGUAAAUUAACUUAAGCCUUCUGUGGAGUAGUCGCUGUCACUAUCUUUGUUUAAUGACGUCUGAA